AUGUCCGAAAUUGCGGUUCUUGAUGACUUGCACAAUGAUUCCUCUUUCAUAGUCAGCCGAGCGAGCGUCACAUUAUUUGGGCCUGCUACCUCUACGGGCUUCGAUUUUACGCCGCUUUUUGAAGAUGUCGUCCUCUCUUUGGUACCAUCAGCACUUCUCUUGCUCACUUUACCAUAUCGCAUAAUAAGUCUAUACGGCCAACGGCAAAAGGUAUCUCCUGAGGGCUUUCUGCGUGAGAGCAAAUCAGUUCUCUUGGCUACGUUCGCCACGAUUCAUCUAGCGCUUUUGAUUCUUCAUAUCCUCAACUCAUCACUACGUACCAUUGCCACUAUCGCCGCAUCGGUGCUGGCGUUUAUUGCCAGCCUUGGUCUCUGUUUGCUUUCACGGCUUGAGCAUUCUCGUUCUAUCCGCCCAUCCCCAAUUAUCAACGGCUAUAUUUUCCUCACAUUGAUUUUUGAUAUUGCUCGUGUGCGAACAUUGUUCCUUGAUUCGAAUAACGGAUCCAUCGCCGGAUUAUUCUCCAGCAUGAUUGGCGUGAAGGCGAUGAUUCUGCUUGCCGAGGCAGUCGAAAAGCGAAAGCUGCUCUUGCCACCAUAUCGUGGCUUGUCUCCGGAAGAAACAAGCGGCAUUUACAGUAAAUCUUUCUUCUUCUGGCUAAAUCAGCUCAUGACAUCUGGAUUCCAACGAGUUCUUCAAAAUAAUGACUUGUACCCAAUCGACCGUGAAAUGUCCUCAUCUUCACUCCAGCAGCGAAUGAAAAAUGCGUGGAGUGCUUCAGCACAGCAUAAGCGAAGGGCUUUUUUCUGGGCAGUGUUACGUGCGAAUUCGAAGUCAUUACUUUACUGUGUCAUCCCGCGUUUGUUGCAGAUCGCCUUCAAAUAUACUCAGCCUUUGCUGCUCACGCGGACGAUUGAUUUCGCAAAUGAUGCAUCCCAGUCGGAUAGCAUUGGUUGGGGUCUCACUGGUGCUUUUUUCUUAGUUCUCGUGGGAGUCGCGCUUUCAAAUGGCCUUUUCUACCAUAUGACCUUUCGCUUCGUGACGAGCGUUCGUGGUAGCUUAGUGAGCAUCAUCUACUCCAAAACGGUCGAUCUCAGCAUCACAGCCCUCGAUGAAUCGGUUGCGGUAACUCUGAUGUCCAGUGAUGUCCAAUCCAUUUGCGAUGGUUUCCGAUUAAUCAAUGAUCUCUGGGGAGUACCAGUUGAGCUAGUCAUUGUGAUUUAUCUCUUGAGUCGCCAACUUGGCAUUGCAGCACUCGUGCCAGUCAUUUUUGCCGUUGUAUUGACUGUGGCUAUCAUAUCAAUGGCAAAAUCCAUGGGACGCGCCCAGAAAAUAUGGAUGGAAAGCAUUCAGACGCGAGUUGACGUCACGGCAACCAUGCUGGGGUCUAUGAAGUCUGUCAAGAUGCUUGGCUUUUCUGAUUGGCUUGCGGGUAUUAUCCAAAGGCUCAGGGUAAAUGAGCUUCAAGAGGCGAAGCUCUUUCGCAGGCUGCUUGUUUUGCGUGUAUUCCUUGGAAACAGCCUCAGAUUCCUUGCCCCACCUUUGACAUUUGCUAUCUUCACAAUUAUUCCCGGAAAAGGAGGUUCUUUGAAUUGGACUUCGGCUUACACGACCUUGUCGCUGAUUUCACUUCUAGCUACGCCUGUCAACACUUUUAUCAGAGCAAUCCCUGCUAUGAACACUGCUUUGGCGUCGUUUAACCGGGUACAGAAGUUCCUUCAGUCAGAGGGCAGACGUGACCAUCGCAUACUUUUGGAACAUUCUCCAGUCUCAACACACCACAUUCAGUCGAGCUCGGGAGAGCUAGAGCUUGGAGACCUAAGCCUCUCAAGACACAGGCCAGAUUCGGACGUCAUUACUGCCCGAGAUGUAAGCUUCGCGUGGAGCCGUCAUGCAACUUUCUCGAUUCAUAACCUCAAUUUGAGUGUCCAGAAAGGACAAUUCUGUUUUAUCAUUGGAUCAACAGGCUGUGGGAAGAGCACUAUGAUGAAAGGGUUUUUGGGUGAAACACCAUCAACCAAAGGCUUUUUGUAUACAAAAUAUCGAGACACAGCGUUCGUGGAUCAGACGCCCUGGAUUCGCAACACUUCAUUCAAGGAUAACAUUCUGGGCGCGUCGAAUUAUAACGAGAUUUGGUAUCAUGAAGUCCUCAGCGCAUGUGGAUUGGAUCAAGAUGUUGCAAAUCUACCUAAUGGUCACUCGACCAAGGUUGGUUCCUCCGGAAUUUCUCUGUCUGGGGGACAGAAGCAACGACUUGCCCUGGCUCGCGCUGUCUAUGCAUGCAAAGAAGUCGUUAUGCUGGAUGAUAUAUUCUCGGGCCUUGAUGCUGAUACUGAAGAGCAUGUCUUCAAGGCUCUUUUUGCGAUUAACGGAUUGUUUCGCCGACUGAAUACGACUGUGAUACUGGGUACGCACGCUGUACACCGACUCUCCUACGCGGAUCAUAUCGUCGCUUUAGAUAAAGAUGGCUCCGUUGCGGAGCAAGGAACUCUGGAGGAGCUCAAGGCCAAUGGUGGCUACGUUGCCCUCUUGAAGGCACAGUAUAAAAACCAAGCCAAUGUCAAAACAAACCCCCAGCAGAAGGAUAAGACAAGCGCCCUCGCUGGGUCUGGUCAAGGAGAUCGCAUCGAUACUAUGGAAGAAGAGUUGGCCAGGGGAAGUGGAGAUUUUGCUCUUUACCUUUACUAUUUUGGGUCUGUGCAUUGGGCAUCCAGUCUUCUCUGGAUGACCUUGCUUGUGAUGGAUGGAUUAUUACCGAAAGUGAGCGAAUUGGUGGUCAAAUAUUGGGUGAGCUCGUUGGAAAAUAAUGGCAGUUCUGUCAAUUCUUUUUACCUAGGUCUCUAUGCCUUGGUGUCAAUCUUGGCGGUCUUUGCGCUUGUGGGUGGGGGUUACCAUUUAUUCAUUUUCUUCUGCCCCCGAAGUGCUGAAACUCUACACGAACGCGUUCUAAAUUCAGUCAUGCAUGCACCUUUAUCAUUCUUUACGUCGGUCGAUACUGGCACCACUCUGAACAGGUUCAGCCAAGAUAUGACCUUGAUUGAUCAUGAUCUACCUUACUCUGCUUUUGACCUCAUAUUCUCGCUUGCGUACGGAUUCAUGUCCGCUAUCAUGGUGUGCAUAUCUGCGCCGUAUUUCGCUGCCGUGAUACCGCCAGCCUUCAUGUUUCUGUGGAUGUUGCAAAAGUUUUAUCUCCGGACGUCACGUCAAAUGCGACUUCUCGACCUCGAGGCGAAAUCGCCACUGUUCUCUCAAUUUAUUGAGAGUCUUUCCGGUCUGGUGACCAUCCGCGCCUUCGGCUGGGCGUCUGUAUUCGAAGACCAGAAUCUCACCUUACUUGACACGUCACAGAAACCAUUUUAUCUGUUAUUCUGCAUUCAACGUUGGCUGGAACUAGUCUUGGAUUUGUCUGUGGCUAUUCUUGGUACUAUCUUGAUGGUUCUCGUGGUCAAAUUGAGAAACGAGGUUGGCACCGGAUACGUCGGUCUCGCCAUCCUCAAUGUCAUCACCUUCAGCGAGUCACUUUCGGAGAUUCUUCGAAACUGGGUGGAACUGGAGACUUCUAUUGGGGCUAUCGCUCGAAUUAAAGACUUUGUUACCCAUACCGCCUCUGAAGACAAGUCAGGGGAGGAUGAGGGACUCCAGGUUGGAGAGUUGAACUUAUCCUCCUGGCCAUCCAAAGGCGCAAUCGAGUUUGAGAAUGUGUAUGCAUCGUACAAAACAGGCGAAGACCAACCAUACGUUCUCCGCAAUUUGAACCUAUCAAUCCAACCCGGACAAAAGAUUGGCAUAUGUGGUCGCAGUGGCAGUGGUAAAAGCUCGCUUCUAGCGGCCUUGUUCCGACUGCUGGAAAUUGAUCCUCAAAGUCGCAUUCGGAUUGAUGGGGUGGAUAUUGCAAAGAUUCCACGGCAGAUUACACGCGUGGCUCUUAACGCCAUUCCACAAGAGCCGUUUUUCACGCAUGGCACUAUUCGUGCCAAUAUUGAUCCACAUAGCACCAACAGCCUCGAAGAUAUAGAGCGGGUUCUUCGUCGCGUUGAACUGUGGGGUAUUAUUGAGAUGAAAGGGGGAGUCGACGCCGCCCUCGAUGUCAAUUUCUUCUCUCACGGUCAAAGGCAACUCUUUUGUCUUGCACGAGCCUUGUUGCGCAAAAGUAAGAUCGUCGUUCUAGACGAAGUGACUAGCAAUGUGGACAUUGUUUCUGACGCAUUGAUGCAACGAGUAAUCCGCGAAGAGUUUGCUGAUUGCACGAUCUUGGCUGUUGCUCAUCGGCUCGAGACGAUCCUUGACUUUGAUCGCAUAGCCAUGAUACACAACGGUGAGCUCAUUGAAUUUGAUACACCGGGGGCACUUCUCAAUAGGGACAGUGCAUUCAAGGAGCUUUACGAAUCAUGA